GGGACUCCUGCGGGAUCAAGUACAAGUAGGAAUGAACAACAUAGCAACAAGGGAUCCUCAACAUCGGCUGCUACUUCCGCUACUUCGACAACAUUGCCUAGUCGACAAUUGAAUGCGGAUCUUCAGGUCUGCCACGGCGCUGGCUGGACGGUCUCUUCCACAAGCAGUAAAAAGAGUAGUGGCACCAGCCAGUCAACCCCAAGUUCACCGUCAUCUAAGCAUCGAGGCACAGCGACGCGACAACGAUCUCACGAAAUGCUCGGUGGGGGACGCACGCGCCUAGGAGGUUAUUCCUCUUCAAGCACAGGGGUUUUGCUCCAGCAUUUAUGACUUGCAAGUAGCUUUCACUGCAACUGGAUCUACAAAUUUGUAAAGAUUUUUGUCAAUCUGUUGUUCACAACAUCUUCUCUUUUUUACUCCUGGUGGUGCCCAAAGUUUAUCCAAAAUUAGCAGUGAUCUACUUUGCUUCGUUCUACCGUCAUCACUAUUUUGAUACUGACCUUUUUGAUUGUUUCACCAUCACCGUCAAGAGCGGCCUUAUCGCAUUACUUCUCUUGUAUUCCUUCAUAACAUUCGUCCACUAUCAGCAGUUCGACGGUCGUCGAUGGCGACGAUUCGAUUGCUUCGCCAUUGACCGCAGACUUUUGCCAACCGGUUCCGCACCACCUAGGAGGAACGCACGACUCCGAUGAUCCGCUAGCUAGUCUUGACGACAUACUGCGAGAGGUGCAUGAGCGUCGCGGUGGAGGUGGGACGAGUGACCCAGAGGCGACGGCGUCUAGUGCUGAAGCGUCUAAAAACAUGAAUACGCAAGGUGAAGAAAGCAGCACUGUUGUGAGUGUGAAUCCAAACGAAAAGCGAGGAGAGACUCCUCCUAGUUUGUCAUCUUCAGGAACCUCCACUGUUCUUGAGCAAGAGCAGGACAAGUCGGAAAGCGAGAAGCGUCAAGGCUUCUCAGAUGGAACAACUACUGAACAUGAGAGGAUGGAUAAAGACAAAGAGCCGCAAGCGCAACAACAACAUCAGCUGCAUCAGAACAAGAAGAGUGCUGUUCCCUCCGCAGUUUUACCUUUCGAGCCACCAGCACGGAGGACUAGGUCACAGAGUGACGUGGACGACGACUGGUCCACAAUUCCCGGCGAAGACUCUCCCGGAACUAGUUGUCGCAUCGGCGUUGGGUUUGGCGACACUGGCGGCAGCUCUACGCGCUUACUUGACGUCUCCGAAGACAGUGCUGCACGACUCGCGCAGCAUGUCACGAGAAGUAGCGUGAAAACUGGAAAGGCGACGUCGUUGCGACCCGAGGGAGAGCGGCUGCUGUUCUCAAGUUCAGGAAAGGGAGUAGCUGUCGAACACCAGGGAGGAGCAUCUUCUACUUCCACAAGUAUGCUCAUAACGGACGAGCAGGGCAAGGAUUCACAGCGGCGGCGGCCUCCAGCCUUGGAUGACGCCGCGCAGCAUGCAUUCACGGACAAGGCUGAUGUCCAUGCCGCAGCAGCUCAGCGCGAUUCAGAACGCGAUUCAGAACUCGUUGCCGACAGAGCGAGUGCAACGGCCUCAUCCGAUGUCGCUCGCGCUGCCACUCCUGAUGAAGCGAACAAUAACCCGCAGCUUUCACCAGCUUCGGAGCGACUGCAGCAGCGUGUCCACUCGGAAUUGACGAAGAUGAACACAGCAUCGGAUGGGCUCAAUCGUAGUAGAAUUCUGCAGAAGCAAAGUCAGAAAGCACUGGAUAGCCUCUCAGCAGACUGGGCUGUCCAGAGGAUCUACUUGUUGUCGAGCUGCGCGGAAGAGAACGUCCUCGCUGCCGAAGAUUACUACAGAUAUGUCAGACUUCUACCUGGAUGUACUUAUUUUUGAUGUAGUCUUGAAGUAUUUGAUGUAGAGUCUUGAUGUAUUUUUGAUGUAUAAUUUUUGGUCGUUUUCAUUCUGCUCUAUUAACUACCCUAUGAAGAUCUUUCCUGGGAUACUAGAAUGAGAAGUACAAGUACAACGAUACUAGUAACACGGCUUGCUUUUACUUAUAGAGUACUUACUAGUAUUGAUAUUCAUCUAGCACUCCUCGUUUUUCCCGCUUUAAUUGGGUAAGGAGAACGAGCUUGAGAAAUCGAAAGCGCGGACGCAGCUUCUGUCGGAAAAGUACGGCAUAUUGCAGAAGAGAUUGGCAGAUCGUGAGUCGCGGUUGCGAGCAGCUGUUGGCUACUCAUCUUCUUCUAGCGGAGUAGAAGACUCGUCUGUCGUCCGCGACGGCCGAGAAAGAAGUUGUACUAGUAGUCGGGCACAAGACCCAUCCACUUCGCCAGAGCCAGCACAACGACAACAUGCAACACGAGAAUUAUCUUCUGGACAGCAUAUAGCAGUUGCUGGAGUGCGACAGCGAGACGGUGUAGUGCCGCAGUUGCAGCGUAAGGUGUCGCGCAUGAAGCAAGCUAUUCAGGCUAUUGACGAGAGCCUAGCGACAGAAGUGCUGCUUUCCUCAAGAUUACAGCGCGAACUGAAAGCGAUGACAAACACAACGUCUGCACGACAAAAUCGAAAAUUGACGCUAGCGAUACAACGCGCUCGCCCGUUCUUCUUGGCCUAUCUUAUGUCCAAAGUUUGUACUACUAGUACGAGAUGAUGAACUUGAAUAAUAAUAGGCUCUCUCUCCUAGUACGCAUUCUCCACAUUCAAGUGCGGUCCCUGCUCGUAGGCAUUAAGCAUUGUCUUCUAUGUUCGAGCGCGGUCCUUUCCUUGUCUCAUAAAUAUGGUUGCUCUUUUUUUCUAGUUGGCACCCACUUGCUUCGAUCGAUCAUGAAAAAGGACUGAUGUAGGGAAGAAGUGGAUGGAGAUCCGCCAAGAGCUGCACGACUUGUGCGUUCCUUCUCUCUGUCCUGAGGUUCUCUGUCCCUUAAGCCGGUGUAGGUGGGGUUCAUUGUUUUAUUAUAACAGUGGGGCUGACAGGACGACGAUAGCGCCGGUGGUGCUAAAUUAGUUUUAGCAGAUAGCUAGGACGAUACUUGACGAAAAUCGCCCUUUUCUCUUUUCUAUCUUCCUCUGGUCUUUCUUUUUUCUAGUUAGGUCGGCUCCGCCACAAUUAUAAUACUUUACUGGGGUUUGAAAAUAUGGCUCCGUCAGGUUCUCUGGCAUGGGUUUGCCUCUCUUCCCACCUCCCCCUUUCCCCCCCUUUUUUGCUUUCAUUUGCUUAUAAUCUCUCUUCCACGCCAUAUCUCAUCCGUUCUUACCUCUGUACUCGUCCUCGUAAAAAUUCACUUCAUCUUCUAAUGCCUCUCCUGUAGUAAUUCAUUAUUAUUUUCUUCUACUCAUGCAGAACUUUUUUGACUAAGUAUCUAAGGUUUACCCGCUUAUUACUUACUUUCUUCUACUCCUUAUCCUGAAAUACUAAGAACCUGUGCCUUGUAAGGCAGGGAAGAAGUGUUCAUAUUUGGAAAAUUUUGUCGGUCGUGGAAAGAGAUCCGCCAGGAGCUGCAGGAGGAGGAGAAGCGUGCGGAGGAUCAUAAGAUGGCGUACUCGGCAGCGAUUACAUCCCUAGAGCGCAUCAGCCAUGAGGAGCACGUGAAGCGGGGUGAUGCCUAGAAGAAGUGGUUCUUCGUGUGAACUACGAGAUCCGCGUCUGGCAUGUUGCUUCGUGUUCUUCGUGUGAACUACGAGAUCCGCAUCUGGCAUGUUGCUUCGUCUUCCCCACAAUCUCGCAUGAAGUAGAUACUAUGACUGACGAGAUGAGGUGCAUCGCAGGAGCACCUGUUGCGCGGGGAUGAGCAGCCAGGGUCCUUGCGUCUUGUUGUCUAUUUCACACAACUAACAUGGGACGAGACGCUGGGAUCCUACAUGCUAAGACGCAGUACAAUUUCGCCUGCCCACCACUGCUCUUGAAUUCAUCGCUAUGAUCAUGCUUCAAAUUAAUGUGCAUGUUACAGAAGUGAUACUGUUGUGAUUAUAGAAGUGUUGAGGUCCCACUUGCGCCAUGAAAACGGAGGCAUUACCUUGUUCUUAGAGAAGUGACGAGUCAGUUCGUGAAAAACAAGC